UCAGUUAUAGUCUUGUGAGAGAGGCGUCACCUUCUGCAGCGGACUUCAUUGUGAAGCAGACUGCUUUUUUUUAAUCCCAGGAUUCGGGUCUAAUGGACAAACACUUUGUAAAUGCUUUUUAAGAAUCCUCACUCUAGGAAAACGCACACUGGCUACUCAGCAGGCCCUGGCCUUGAGUCUUAUUUGAAAGGAUUUAACUUCACUGGUGAACCACCUUGGCUUCUCUGCACCUGAGUUACAGCAACGCCAAAUUCCAUCUCUUUCAAAUUCAAUUUACUAGUGACCAAUCAAAAGGACUUCUUGUCACCAUGAACACUGCUGCCCCUGAGUUUGAAUUCUCUUUCCUGGAGGAGGGUUUCUCUGCCCGAGAUACCGUUGAGCAGAAGAUCAAUGAGUCAUCCAUGACGGAUGACAGGGAUGCCUUCUAUGUCUGUGACUUGGGAGAUGUACUAAAGAAACAUCUGCGCUGGGUCAGGGCCCUGCCUCGCAUCACUCCUUUCUAUGCUGUCAAAUGCAAUGACAGCCAGGCUGUCGUUAUGACUCUGGCAUCCCUGGGAGCUGGCUUUGACUGUGCAAGCAAGACUGAGAUCCAGCUGGUUCAGUCUCUGGGAGUGGAUCCAAGCAGAAUCAUCUAUGCCAACCCCUGCAAGCAAGUUUCUCAGAUCAAGUAUGCAUCUGCCCAUGGGGUCCAGAUGAUGACCUUUGAUAGCGAGGUGGAGCUCAUGAAAGUGGCCCGCUGUCAUGACAAUGCCAAGCUGGUGUUGCGUAUUGCCACAGAUGACUCGAAGGCAGUGUGUCGCCUGAGUGUGAAGUUUGGGGCCCCACUCAAAGCAUGUCGAGGUCUUCUGGAGCGGGCUAAAGAACUGGGACUGGAUGUGAUCGGUGUCAGCUUCCACGUUGGCAGUGGCUGCACUGAUCCUGAGACCUACACCCAGGCUAUCGCUGAUGCACGCUGUGUCUUUGAUAUGGGGGAUGAGCUGGGCUUCAACAUGGACCUAUUGGACAUCGGAGGUGGUUUCCCUGGUUCAGAUGAUGCUGAACUCCAAUUUGAAGAGAUCACAGCAGUAAUUAACCCAGCCCUGGACAAGUAUUUCCCUGCUGACACUGGUAUUAAGGUCAUCGCUGAGCCAGGUCGCUUUUAUGUGGCCUCUGCUUACACACUGGUUGUGAACAUCAUUGCCAAGAAGGUCAUCAUGGACGAGGAUUCAGCUUCUGACGAGGAAGACGAAGGGACCAAUGAUAGAACUCUGAUGUACUAUGUCAACGAUGGAGUGUAUGGAUCCUUCAACUGUAUACUCUAUGACCAUGCUCACUGUUUGCCAACGCUACAUAAGAAGCCAAAGCCAGACGAGGUCUUGUACCCUUGCAGUAUCUGGGGUCCAACAUGUGAUGGCCUUGAUCGCAUUGUUGAGCAAUGUAACCUGCCUGACCUGCAGGUGGGUGACUGGCUAGUCUUCGAGAACAUGGGUGCCUACACCGUGGCCGCCUCCUCUACCUUUAACGGUUUCCAAAGACCUGACAUACACUAUGUCAUGUCCCGCCCCGCUUGGCAACAUGUGCAGCAGAUCUGUUCCCAGGGCAUUCCAUCUCCUGUGGAGGAAUCUUGCCUGUUUGAAGUGCCGGCCUGCUGUGGUCGAGAGAGCAGCUUGGAGAUGCCCACUAAGCCCUGCCAUGCCAAUGUGGUUUAAAAACAUACUAUACAUCACAGCAAUGAUCUAGCAUUCUUUCUUUAUUAAUUAUUUGAGAAGGUGCUUUUUGUUUUUUUUCCCCUCUCCUCCCCAAAUGUACAUGAAAUUUCAAGGCCAGUUACUUGACAGGAGAAUGAGAGGGACAUGUUGCACAAAUAUCUGUGUUCUGUAUGGAAGCUGGGGAUCAAUCCUCAAUGAAAUGAGGCUGAAUCACAUUCUAAGUGUCUUUGUGUGUUCCAGGAAGUGUGACAGGGCAACUCUGUACAUGAACUUUUUGCUGAAGUCUUCCUGCACUAACUUGGGGGGAUGACUGUAAGGUGUACUGUAGUACAGGAAGAGCCUAUUUACUGAACUGGAAUAGUGUAGGGAGAGAAACUGUUGCUUUGCAAAAUCACAAAACUAUUUCACUGGUUACCCAUCACUAUAUGGUUCACAGCAUUUUAAACUAUAGCAGUAGUCCAAGUGGUGAAGGUUACCAGUGCAAUUAACUUAAUAUCAAAGACUAGUUAGCAGGUUGCGCUUAGCUCAGGCAAUCACCAGUGCUAACUAACCUGCAAAAUGUUAAGGGGGUUAGUUUGCUAAUAAAAUGUUUACCAUUCAAAGCCCUGUUAACAGCUGAAGUCACAUCCCUAGCUUGUAACUCGCAAAGAGGUAGUUGGAAGGGUGAUUUAAUUCUCAAAUGGCUGCUAUGUUUAUAUUUUCCAUGAUCUCCACUUCUGUACAGAACCUGUCAAGUGUUAGUCCUCAAGACGUUUUGGGUUUUGUGAAUGCUUCUUCACUGAUUAUUGCCAUAGAAAGUCUUUCCUGUACAAAAUUUGAAUAUGUAUAGGAACAGAAAAUGCAUGCACCACAUUUUGCAUGUCAGAACUUCACAUAAUUUGUCUUUGUGCUGAUUAUGGCAGUGGCAUUUGAAACCACUGGUCAAACACAUCUAGAUACAUAAACUGAACCGACAUUUCAGGCACCCAUGUCAAGAAUGUGAUCCUCGUAUUCGUCCAGGUCACGCUACACUGCAGGUGCCACCAAAAACAGAUCUUCAAGAUUAACACUUAAAACACAGGGACUCAAAAGCAGACUGCACCUCUCCUCUUCUCCUCCUUAUCUUAUUUUAUCUUUUAGUUUUUGUAACUUGUAGAAGGCAAGAAGUCUGUUUGUAAUAUUAAUAAGAAGCCGUGCUUAACCAUACAUUUGAAAUGGAUACGAAAGAGACGGGAUUGCAAAUUCAUAAUGCUUUCCUAUGGAAACUUUCUGAAGUUUUGUAUUUUUUUAAUAAAUAAAAUAUUAGGUGCAGA